GAAUUUAAUGCCUAUUUUAUAUCAGAUAUAGGCUUUGUACAUCUGUAUAAUGGUGAUAUAUCUCUAUCUGUCAGUUCAUCUCCAGGGUAAGAAAAUUUGUCUUCAAAAAGUCAAAUUUGAAGUCUUCAUUGUUCGAAUUCAUACUUCACAUCUGUAAGAUAUCUUGAUAUGAAUACAACUGACAUUAUGGGGUCUUACUACUUGCCAAUAUUUUAUUUAUAUAUAGCAAUAAAUACAGACAUGGUUAUUUAGAUUGAAUCAUUAUUUAGUGUUCUUAUUGCAGCUAAUAGCAAUGGCUUCCUUACAAAGAUUUAGAUUGAAUUUAAUAAUCAUAACACUUGGUUAUUAUGCUCUUGUUACUUUUGUUCUAUCAACUCAAACCAACUUGGAAACUGAAGUUGAGGCCUUAAAAGCCUUCAAAAGCUCCGUCACCAGUGACCCAGUUGGAGCACUAGCAGAUUGGAAACAUGCGAGCCACCAUUGCAACUGGUCCGGCAUUGCCUGCGAUCCCAUAUCGAAUCGUGUUGUCUCAAUUUCUCUGGUUGAUAAGCAGCUCAAAGGCCAAAUAUCUGCAUUCCUUGGCAACCUUUCAAGCCUUCAGGUUCUUGAUUUAACUCAAAACUCAUUCACAGGCUCUAUACCAGCUCAACUGGGACUUUGCUCCCAACUUUCUGAGCUAACUCUUUAUUUAAAUGCUCUUUCUGGUCAUAUCCCACCACAGCUAGGAAACCUGAAAAAUCUGCAGUCUCUAGAUUUAGGUGCCAAUUUUCUUAAUGGAAGUAUCCCUGAGAGCAUUUGUAACUGUACUUCUUUGUUAGCUUUUGGAAUCAUUUUUAAUAAUCUCACAGGAUCUAUCCCUUCAAACAUAGGGAGUUUAAUCAAUCUUCAGAUGUUUGUAGCAUAUGGAAAUAGUUUGGUAGGUUCCAUACCACAAUCUAUUGGCGAGUUAGGAGCUUUACAAGCUCUUGACUUGAGCCAAAACAAGUUGUCUGGGGUGCUGCCAUUGGAGAUUGGUAACCUGUCAAAUUUAGAGUACUUAGAACUGUUUGAGAAUUCUUUCCAUGGGGAAAUACCACCUGAAAUAGGUCGUUGUAAGAAGCUGAUUUUUCUUGAACUAAAUACCAAUAAGUUAACUGGAGGCAUUCCUUCAGAGCUUGGUGAGUUGGUUCAUCUAGAGAAAUUGCAGUUGUAUGGAAAUAGGUUGAAUUCCACCAUCCCACUUUCAUUGUUUCGAUUAAAAUCGUUGUUUAAGUUAGGACUCUCAGAGAAUGAGUUGACUGGAACUAUUCCAUCUGAGCUGGAACAUCUAAGAUCUUUACAAAUAUUGACCCUCCAUUCCAAUAAGUUUAGAGGGAAAAUACCACCUUCGUUGACAAAGUUGAAAAAUCUCACUUACUUGAGUAUGGGCAACAAUUUCCUUACUGGGGAGCUUCCAUCAAAUAUAGGAUUGCUUCAUAAUCUGAAGAACUUGAGCAUGCCUUCCACUCUCCUUGAGGGAUCAAUUCCAUCUAGUAUCACCAAUUGCACCAAACUUCUAGGCAUAGAUUUAGCAAAUAAUAGUUUCACUGGAGAAAUUCCACAAGGUUUGGGACAGUUGCAAAAUCUCACUUACCUGAUUUUGGAAAAUAAUAAAAUGAAUGGAGAAGUCCCAGAUGACCUCUUUGAUUGCUCAAAUCUUGUGAAGUUAGCUUUGUCAGGGAAUAGUUUUAGUGGAUCAUUAAAACCAGAUAUUGGCAAACUCUUCAAUCUCCAGCUAUUCCAUGCUUCCUCAAAUUCCUUUAUUGGACAAAUUCCACCAGAGAUUGGUAACUUAACCAACCUUUUUUCCCUGACACUUGCUGAUAAUAGUUUUUCAGGACAACUUCCACCAGAGUUUUUUAAGCUCACUCAACUCCAAGGUCUCUCUCUGCGUGACAAUGAUUUAGAAGGUGGCAUCCCAAAGCAAUUUUCUGAGCUGAAACAGCUUGCUAUACUCGUUUUGCAGCGCAACAGAUUUACAGGUCCAAUUCCAGAUGCCAUCUCAAAACUUGAGUGGCUUACAGAAUUAUAUCUUCAUGAAAACAUGCUCAACGGAUCAAUUCCUAGAAGCCUAGGAGGUCAUGGUCGACUUUCAGUUUUGGAUCUCUCCCACAACCAUUUCUCGGGAUCAAUUCCCACGUCUCUGAUCACGAAUCUAAAAGGCAUGCAAAUGUAUUUGAAUCUUUCAUUCAAUCACUUGGAAGGAAGUGUUCCACAAGAGCUUGGCAUGUUGGAAAUGGUGCAGGAAAUUGACAUGUCGAAUAACAAACUUACCGAGAUCAUUCCCAACUCCAUCAAAGGAUGCAAGAAUUUAGUUUCACUUGAUCUGUCAAGCAACAAUCUCACAGGUCCAAUUCCAGGGGAAGCUUUUGCUAGAAUAGACCUGCUUACCAACUUGAACCUUUCAAGUAAUAGCUUAGAUGGUGAACUACCUGAAAAAUUGGCCAGCUUGAAGCACCUUAAAUCUCUCGACCUUUCUCACAAUCAGCUCGAGGGAAACAUCCCCUUGAGUUUUUCCAACUUUUCCACCUUGAUACACUUGAACUUGUCUUACAACCACCUUGCCGGCCAUGUUCCCGAGGCUGGAAUUUUCAAAAGCUUAAAUACAUCAAGCUUGGCAGGGAAUUCAAACCUUUGUGGAGCUAGACUUCUGAAAGCGUGCAGCCAGACCGGUUCACACCGGUUAUCAAAGAAAACCGUGGUGAUUCUCAUUUCACUUGGAUCUGUUGCUCUACUUUUAAUUCUCAUGUUAGCUGCUCUGUGCCUUCUUUGGUGCACAAAGAUUCCUAAAGCCACGAAAGUUGAGAAUCCAGAACCAGAUAACUCUUUGGUGUUGCCCCUCAAGAGGUACAAUAGAAAGGAUAUAGAAAUAGCUACAACUUUCUUUAGUGAAGACAAUGUGAUAGGUUCCAGCAGUUUGAGCACUGUCUACAAGGGCCAAAUGGAAGAUGAAAAGAUUGUAGCUAUAAAGAGAUUGAACUUGAAGCAAUUCUCUGUUGAGUCAGAUAAGUGCUUCUAUAGAGAAAUGAAGACCCUGAUCCAACUAAGGCAUAGGAAUCUGGUGAAGAUACUUGGCUAUGCUUGGGAGAGUGAAAAAUUGAAGGCCUUAGUUUUGGAAUACAUGGAAAAUGGGAACUUGGACAGCAUCAUUCACAACCAUAGGGUGGAUCAAUCAAGAUGGACAUUAUCAGAGAGAAUCAAUGUUUGCACUUCAAUUGCCAAUGCAUUGGAAUACUUACAUUCUGGCCAUGAUUUUCCCAUUGUUCACUGUGAUUUGAAACCUUCCAACAUCCUCUUGGGUGGAAAUUGGGUAGCCCAUGUGAGUGAUUUUGGAACUGCUCGAAUUCUUGGUGUUCAUCAACAAAAUGGAAGUAUUUCAUCAUCAUCAGCUUUCGAAGGCACUGUUGGGUAUAUGGCACCAGAAUUCGCAUAUAUGAGUAAAGUCACAACAAAGGUGGAUGUGUUCAGCUUCGGCAUAAUUGUGAUGGAGUUUUUCACGAAGCAAAGGCCAACAGGAUUUAUUGAAGAGAGUGGGAUACCUAUCAGUCUGCGCCAACUAGUGGAGAGAGCGCUUGAAAAUGGAAGAGAUAAGAUGCUUCAAAUUCUAGACCCAGAGCUGGUUUUGAAUGUCUCCAAACAAGAGAAGGAAAUACUAGAAGAGCUGCUGAAACUAGCCUUGCUCUGCACCAGCUCAAAUCCUGAAAAUCGUCCCAACAUAAAAGAUGUUGUGACAAUGCUUUCAAAGCUAUGAAGAGUAUGAGAAAUAAUGUUUAUUAGCCAAAAAAAAGUGUCUUUCUUUUCUUUUCCUAUUGGUGCAUUGAUAUUACCUCAUUUUAACUUAAAAUUUAGUAUUUCAAGAGACUAGUCUGAUGGCAUAGAAAUGUUCUUUUAAGGUCAGGAUUCAGGCUUUGUGCUCUUAGCUCAGAUGUAUAGAAAAAGGGAUUGUGACAAUCAUUUUGUAGACUUCACCAUGUAAUACUAAUCCAAGAGCAAUGCAAAUUUGAGUUUACAAUCAAA